CUCUUUCUCUCUUUUUUUUUUUCGUAUAGCAUCAUUUUUUGAAUUUCGAAAAAUAAAAGACUGUUUCGAAAUAUAAUAUGAGUAGGCCACUACAUACAAACGAGCAAAGGCCAAAACAAGUGCCUAACUAUGCUCAGGCUGCAAAAGCACAAUCAACAGAAGAAACGCGAGCAGGACCGCAGCAGCCGCCCAGACAACACUCUGUCGGCCAUGAUUUCGGGCACACCAAGAACACGUAUCAUAAUAAUGGACGCCACAGACCACCUGCAAACUCAUCUUGGCAAGGUUAUAAAACCCAAUAUAACAAAUCAAAAGACAAUGUAUAUGUUCAUAGAAAACCUUCUGUACAACUACCUAUGGCACCACCUGCCGAUACAGCUCCUAUUCAAUUUGGAUCAAUAAAUCAAAGACCAAGUGAUACUGUAACAAAACCAGAGUUUGAUCAUCAUUAUCGUCCUAGGCCACCAAAACAAGAGAUACCCCGAUCUCCUCGUAACACGAACGAUGGUAGAUUAUUUACUCAACCCUAUGCACCUCGUCGAGAUUAUAAUCAAGGAGAUAAUUCAGCAGGAGGAGGGUAUAAUAACCGUUACAAUAGAAAUUAUACAAGACCACCAUUACCACCGCCACAACCACCACAACCGUCACAACCACCAUCAUCCUCAUCAUCGUCACCGUCACCGAAUAGCUAUACACAAUAUUCACCUCAACAACAACAGAAUCUUCCUCCUUCACCUAUGAGUCAUCGUGCUUCCCCCAACAUGAAUUCAUUCACACCCAAGAAAACAAGUGUAUCGCCUCAUAUGCCUCAGACAUCACCACAACCAAUUCAAAUGACUGCGACUACAGCGGCUUGGGCACCUGCUGGACAAUAUUUUUACCCUCAUCAAUAUCCUGUGCCUGUCGCUUCUUUUAAUGUCGCUACCACUCGGCCUCCUAUUAUUCCACCACCUACUACACGAAAAGCCAUUGCCAUCAUUGAUCCAGCUACAGGCGCUGCCCUGAACACAAGUCCCAUGUCACUCCAUGCGAAUACGUUGUCUGUUCACCACCCACCUCAUAAAGAAGAAAAGCAUUUUGAUUUCAAGGUACCUCACGUCUCUAAGCCUGUUGUGAUUGUAGACCCUGCUAUUCGUGAUCGUGAAUUACGUGAAAAAAAGGAACGCGAAGAAGCAGAAGCUCAGAAGAAAGCAGAGGAAGAAAAGGCACGCAAAGAACAAGAAGAGCGAUUGGAGGCUGAGCGACUAAAGCAAGAACAAGAGCGAUUGGAGGCUGAGCGAUUAGAGGCCGAGAGACGAGAAGCAGAACGCCUAGAAGCAGAACGAUUGGAGGCUGAACGUCUAGAAUCAGAACGUCUAGAGGCUGUACGUCUAGUGGCUGAACGUUUAGAAGCUGAACGUAAGGCUGCUGAAUUGUUCGAACGCAAGAAACAAGAAGAAGAGAUGCGCCGUAAGGCAGAGGAAGAAAGAGAAUCGAGACGAGUGAUCAGUGAAUUAGAAGCUGAAAAGAAACGACACGAAGAUAAAAAGAAGAUCAAGAUGAUUCAAGAUCCUAGUACUAUUCAAUAUCCUCCAGGCAUUACGCCACCUGCUGUCUCGACUGAAAAGCAUGUGUACAGUAUUGACUUUUUGCUUCAGUUUCAACAGAUUUGCCUUGACACAAAUGAGGAAGUAUCAGCCGUUAUUAUGAAGGAAUUGUUGGAGGGCAGUGUAGGUCCUAGUCGAAAUAAUGCUGUUCGUCAAUCGUCUGAUCGUGGGAAGGGCCCACGUACACCAGACAUGUACAAAAUGACUUCCCGCGAUGGACGUAUGGAAAUGGGUAAAUUCAAUAUGGGUAGACCCUUAACGACACGCAACAACAGCGCACAGUACAUGGAACGUCAAGGAUCAAUGGGCAGAGGCAACAUGAUGAACCGUGGUGGUAGUCGUGGAGGUGGAUCCAGUGGCAUGAAGAUCAUUCGUAACCCUCUUCAACAAUCCAAUAGUGGUCCUGCUUUGGAACCUGUGGCUCCAUUGGAAAAGAGCGAAAAUCGUUGGGUGCCUUCCAUCGGUCAUCAUACGCCCUCAUCUGCUGAAAAUGAACUGAUGUCACAAGAAUACAUUACACGUAAAGUCAAUGGGUUACUCAACAAACUUACUCUGGAGAAAUUUGACACGAUUGCACCUCAAAUCUUUGAUUAUGCCCGUCAAUCAGCUAAAGAAGAGGAUGGUCAAUCUUUGCAUACGGUGAUGCAAUUGGUGUUUGAAAAAGCCUGUGAUGAACCUGCUUUUGCUAAUAUGUGGGCACGUCUCUGUAGCUACAUGUACAAUUCCAUGACAGACGAUAUUCGUGAUACAAGCCUUUUAGAUGAAAACCAAAAGCCUUCUUCUGGUGUCUUGUUGUUUAGAAAAUACCUGUUUAACCGCUGUCAACAAGAAUUUGAAAAGGGCUGGAAGGUCAAUAUGCCAGAAGUAGAUGAGAUUGAUGGCGUCAUGACAGACGAAUACUAUGCUGCUGUCAAGGCAAAGCGUCAAGGUCUUGGUCUAAUUCAGUUUAUUGGUGAACUAUUCAAGAUGGAAAUGUUAUCUGAACGUAUCAUGUACAGUUGUAUGACAAGACUCUGCAAUGAUCCUAGUCAUGCGGGUGAUGAAGAAGCAGAAUCCCUCUGCAAGCUAUUGACAACGAUUGGUAAAGCAUUGGACGAUAGACCCAAGACUGCCAAAUGGGUAGACGUAGUAACACUGCGUAUGAAGAAUGAAAUGAUCAACAGUCCCAAACUGUCUUCCAGAAUUAAGUUUAUGAUUCAAGAUUUACUUGAUUUGCGUAAAGACAAAUGGGUACCUCGUAUUGCGGGUAACCAGAUAGGCCCGACUACUAUUGCCAAGAUUCAUGAAAUGGCUGAGAAGGCCAAAGAAGAAAAAGAAGCUGCAGCCAUGAAGCGCAACAAUAGCACCCGUGGCCAAUAUAUACCCCAUAACCAAUACAAUAGUAACUAUAACACAAUGGCUCGUUCAGGAAGUUAUCGUGGUAAUAAGGAUUUUCAUCAUAAUAGCAGUGAUGGCUGGAGUACAGUUGCUCAAGGUACCAACAAUAAGGCACCUCGGGCAAAUGAACUCUCCAAUUUUGGUAAACUGGACAGGAGUCGACCUAGAAACAAUAUUCUUGGUCCUGCCAAUAGUCCUUUUGCUACCCUAAGUCGAGUCAAAAGUACAACUAAUGUGGAUACUAAGAAUACCAGUGAUGGAAGAUCAAGUCCUGCUACAAACAUGUUUAGUGCGCUUGUGAAUGGAUCAGACGAGCGUAAGAAAUUACAGCUUGCAUCACGUACUGUGAGUGACAAUACACCUAAAUUGUCAGAUGAAGCUGUGAAGCGUAAAUCAAAGAACAUUCUUGAAGAGUAUUUCAACAUUCGUGAUAAAAAGGAAUUGGUUGAAUGUGUUAAAGAAUUAGAUGAUCCUAGUUAUCUAGUCAUUUUUGUGAAUGAAAUGUUGACUGUAGUAGAAAAGAAAGCUCAAGAUGUAGAGGACAUGACUGAUGUGAUGAAGCAUUUAAAUUCAGAAAACUUGCUGACAAAAGAGACUUAUAUCAAAGCUUUCAAGAGCUUUAUGGAAGGUUAUGAUGAUUUAACAAUUGAUGUGCCUCAAGCACCAAAAUAUGUAGCUCAAUUACUUGCUGCUGGGUCUGUUACACCAGAAGAAGUGGGUGGAGAAGAACAUGAUUCAUUACAAAGUGCUUAUCAAGCAGUCAUGUCUGCAUAAAUAUAUAUUUCCAAACCAUUGUUGUAUAGAGCCCCCCCCCCCUUUGAUAAUAAAUAAUGCC